AUUUCUGCUCCAUAUAAUUUAACAACGUCAGUUUUAGCGAUAUUAAAUGAUAAAUACAUCUAUACACAAAAACCAAACAACGGCUGAAUUUAGAAAAGAUCGUAUAGAUAUGGACAUAUUUUAGAUACGUCUAUAAAAUACGUCAUGCAUCUUUUGUUAAAGUGAAACGUAACUUACGAACCAUCCUUGCCACCUUGGUUUGGCAGAAAUGUGAAUAUGCACGUUUAGAACAUGUGGUGCGGCAAACGAGUCGUGUAAACGAAAUAUUUGCUUUAUGUUACUAUUCAUAUCCGAGAACCAUGAGAAGCAUUUGACCCGCGUGCAAAUUUGCCGGCGGUAUCAAUCAAAUAAACAAACUUUGAUUAAUUAGGGCAUAUUAUUAGUGUCUAGCAUGAAUCGAGUGUGACGAUGGAAAUAGAUUACGUAGUUAGACCCAGAAUUUCACACCGUUUGUCGGAACAACUUUAGGCACUUUCAUUUUAUAACUUUCAUAUAAUAUUGAUUUUUCAUUGUUUCGAUUAUGGUGAUUUAACUUUGUGGUCAUUAGCUUCCAGUGUUCUAGAAAAAAAACUUUCCGACCAUAGGGUAACAGAGGUAUUUUGGCCACUUCAUAUAUUUUGGCCCACCUAACAAACUUUAUGGAUUUAACUAAAGUUAAGUAACCCAUGUUGCAUCAAUUUCAAGCUACUCACAUUAAAUUAUCUAUUGCGGAAGGGGUUUUCAAAAAUAUUACAACAUUUGAUGGAUAUUUUUAGAAAGUGGGCUAAAAUCAAAUAAAUCCUAAAGUGGACCAAAAUACGUCGUCCCUAUAUGUGGGAUUGGCAGGCUGGAUUUAAGGCGUAGAUUAAAGGCUUAUAAUCCGUCAUGCUUAUCUCCAUCUAAAUCAGAUUAUUUGAGUAAAAUUAUCUUAAAUUAUGGCAGACCCUGUCAGCUUGGAGAAGUCGUACUUAUUGUGACACCAGAUUUUUUGAUGAAUUAUUCGCUUUACAAUCAACAGAUUAUGCAGCAAUCGGAGUAAAUACUUCAGCUAAGAAGCGGUUGCAUCGCAAAAUUUGAGCAAAAACUUAUUUUCCAUUAACUAGUGUAAAUACGUCUUUCUAAUUUAUGUGUAUAUUAAAAAUCGAUGAAACUCCCAAGUCGAUAGUUUUCGACAUCUCAGGCUCUGGAAACCGAAAACCUAAAGUGGUAUAACCAAAAUUUACGUAUGCAUCAUCUAAUCAGCUUCAAAACAAUUUUCGAAGAUGUACUUAUUUUGAGUUGUGUUUUUAAGAUUCGUACCUAUUUUGAGGCGAUCCGUAUAUGACGGUAGAAAAUUUUAUCACUCAUCAUUCCAUGAGAACUUAUGAACUCAUUUAACCUUUCAUAUGCGUCUAGAUGAUUUUAGCGUCGUCACUUUAUAUGUUCGUCGAGUACGCAAAAUGCCUGUAUGUAUGUAACAUUUUUGUCUAAAGACCUAUGGAUAAUUCUUGGAUUUUAUCUUUAUCCAACUUCCGGUUCUGGAAUUAUAAUUAAAUUUAAAAAAUGAAUAGGUAUUUUUCAGAAAGGAUCAUGUAAAGAGCAGUAAUUUUCAUGAAAUUGAACUUAAAAACUCUUCAUAAUUGCUUUGAGAACUACUCCAAUGCAUAGGUAUUAACGCGUAUUAUGGUCUCAUACAAAACAUCUGAACUAUAUCUGGAUUCUACUUCCGGUUGAGUGCUCAAACCUUCACAACGUUGUUCAGAGCGACGAAUAUUUUAUUUCAAUUUAUGAAUCAUGUUUAUUGCUGGUCAUUAGAACUGACUUUGGCUACACCGGCCCCCAGAUUCUGUUUUCGGAAGUAUCGAAUGUAGUUAGUAUAUGCUCCAGAAUUGAACUCACUAACUUUUUCACUGUUUUGAUUUUCACAGAAUAAGGUUAAAAUGAAAAAUUUUAUGCGAAUCCGACUUCCGUUUCGUGGAUUACAGAUUGAUAAGUGCUUAACGUUUUAAACCUAUGCUAAGAGCAACGAAGCAGAAAACGUUACACAGAAUUCUAAAUUGGGCUCAAAACUGGUCCAAUUUGUAAGUUAUGUAGUUUACCAUCAAACGAACCGACUUCGACUAUACCGGUCCCCGGACUCCAGUUGCGGAAGAACCGGAAAAGAUGGUCAAAAUCACCAAUAUGAAACUCACUGGGAUAUAGACUGUGUUGACUGUGUAGACAUUUACCAACAGAGUUUCCGUUCACACAGAAUUAUCUGUAAUGUACUGAUUUGUAUACGUCCUUGAAGAUUUCAUGCAGGAUACCAAUUUAAUAUAUGUAUAUGGCCAAAACUACUUACAGAAUUGUGCCUACUUCUCAUCCUCCAACGAAAUACAAAAUCGAACCCACGUUUUGUUACAAUAUUUACUUUCUUUUGGCCUGCCGCCACUUAAUUUCGCGUGAAAAUUACCAGCACAUUCAAAAAUAGCCUUGAUGACAACAAAUUCAAUUAAUAAUUAACUUUUUGAACAUUCCAUGCGGAAGACUAACUAAAAGGAAUAACAUAAAUAUUACAAUUAUGUAUAUACCAAAAACCAAAAAUCGGUUUCACGUGCCUGAGAAGUUAUUAUCAACGUAAUUUGGGGGGUAUUUUACAUAACAUAGUGUUUGUACCGAUAGUAAAUAGUUCGCACAGUUCAAUAUACGUGGUACUAGUGCCUCACGAAAAUUUAUUUUUUGAAGAAUUUACUUAUAGUGUCAUGUCUGUUAGUCUGUGGUAUUAUGGUCCCGUGCAAAACUCCUGAACAUUAUUUGGAUCCGACUGCGGUCCCAAAAUUAUACGAUAAUUGCUUGAAAUUUCAAGCACGAUGCAAAAAUUGUAAAUAAUCUUCUCAAUUUGACUAAAAACUAAUUUGUUGGUCAUGUUAGUUGAUGACAUACGAACCGACUUCGACUAUACCGGUUCUAGCAUUUAUUUUCCGGAAAUUUCCCAAAAACAAGAACUCACUUCGUUUUCUCAGAUAUGGCUUAACCGAUUUGAAAACUGUCAUUCUUAUCAAAUCAACACCUUGUUAUUGAACUGUUCUUGUGAAGCAAGAUUUUAGUAUUUUCGUUAACUUUCAUGGAAAAUCGGAAAAUUUGCAUACUCCCAAGAGAUAUUCAAUUAACAAUACUGAUUUCUUGAUAAAUGUAAAUCGAUAGUGCAAUGCUGAAUUGUCGACAUUUGUGACACGCGAAUAGCAUUUCUAACAAGAGUUUGAAUUGGAGGAAAUUCUUCUCCAACGUGCGCUUGAUGCUAAAAUUAGCUUCAAUCAAGUUCGACGAUCCAUCCAACAACUUCCGAGAGUUGCUGCGUGAGUCAUGUUUGUCGUCAGCAUUUUCUCGUCACCACUUUUUCUCGUUUUCGUCACAAGAUUUUCCCAAGACCAGUGCCACAAACAGAUACACUCACGAAUGUACUUAAAAUACAGCUAUAUUUAUAAAAAGCGUUUUCGAAAAAUCACAAUAUUUGUCUACGGCCGCAGGAAUCAGUGAAUUUUCCGCCUGCCGACAGAGCGGAUACGCGAUUUCGCAGCUUGGGCGAUAGUUAGAAGUGGUGAUGAAUUUUCUGUUGAGAUUGCUUCUGUUGAACACUGUCUAGAAUCCAGUUAUGAUGCGUGAUUUUCAUGUUUGCUGGUUGAAUACUGACAUGGGAAAUGAUGUGUGAAGACGAUCGUGAGAAGGUGAGGAAAUCUAAAUUUUCUUGCACAAACAGUAAAGCGCGGUUUUCAAAAGUGGAAUUGCUUUGUCUGGAAUCGAUGGUGCGCCGCGAGCAUUAAUAAGUGUGGCAUUUCUAAAAAUGUACUGCAAAUCUUUGUUCAAGAGGUGAGAUUCGAGCGUGCGUGUGGUGCGCGACUGUGAAAGGUUGGCAUAAUGCACAGCCUACGCAAAUCGAGUGGAUAAGUGCAACGGAUGUGAAUUUAGGAAGCUUAAUUUCACGAAUGCCCGAAACAACGAAAUUCAAAUAAGUGUGAUCUGUCCCGAACGAAAACUGCUGAGAGUUCGGUCAAUCGUUAAAUGUUUGAACAUAAGGCGAAUAGAAGUGAGCAUUCUAAUAAUAUUGUACACGCCAUGAUAAACCAGUAAUAUCAUUAGGUAAUUUGAAUAAUGACAUCUCUAAGGAAAGUCUUCUCGGCAUAAUAUGAACCAAUCCGAUGGCGAAAAAUCUCUAAGUAACGAAAGAAAGAAAAGUUUCAACCGGAAACGGAUUUUGAUAAACAAAAAUGUUCCAGAUUCUCGAUCGUCAGUUUCAGGUAGUGGUGGAUUACAAUCUUUUUUCCGGUGGUUUCGACGAGAUGACGUACGCAUCCAAAAGGAAGUUUCCGAAAUCCAAACUAAAUGGCAACAAGUGCAACCAGAAGCUUCUAGUAGUGGUGUGACAAAAACGUCAACAGGAUCUAUUGAUCGAGAAAAGGGUUCUUUCGAUACGAUAAGUCAAAAUCAGAGCACGGGAACUCACAGUACGUCGCCAAGCCCUGGUCCAGUAAUAGAUUAUAACAGCCUAUCAAAAAGCUCAAGUUGUGAUAGCAUUUUAAGUACAGCAACAGACGGAUUUGCAUUUGUACAACCUACCUGCUACGAACCUAUUGGGACACAAACUGAACGCGUGAUCAAUCCGGGACCGUAUACCGAUAGCUAUAAACGGCGUGUUGCACAAUGUGAUCGUAUGCGGGAACAGGAUACCAAACAUGAAUUGACUUUGCGAAAGAAAUACAAUCUCUUUUCUAGUUUGCAAGCAACAGGUGUACUGAACAAUAAAGACGUUACACUUACCAGAAAACAACAAAGCCCUCAGUACACGGAUCUAAGUUUACCGACUACGACUAAAGAAAUUCCACGAAACGUGCAUGAUAACGAUAAAGAUGAAUUAGUAGGUGCUGCAACCAGAAAACAUCGACGGACAGUCAGUGAUAGCUCAAAGGACAAAAAAGCUGGUGCCUAUGUUCAUGUUAAAGGCAAACGUCGUGCGCCACAGCCACCUCCAUCGAUUUCAAGUGAUAAUUCAAACACUCUGACGAAACCAGCUAGCAGUGGUUUUUAUACCAAUUCAAAGUGCGGAACAUUAUCUCCCUCGUCUACGUUAUCGAGGAAAAAGAGACCAGCUCCGUUGCCACCAAUGUCUUCAAACUCAUCAUUCUUAAAUGAAGCCAUUUCCAAUACCAGUUUAUUAGACGAUAAAGAAAUUCGAGCUAUAAUCGAAGGGACGUCAAUACCGAAAACGCCUGAUCCCGUUAUGCAUAAUAGAACGACUCCACUUCCGGGAAUAUCUGAAGAAAGAACCCCGGGAGGCUUAACGGAAGAGCAGAAGCAACAGUUGAUCGAUAAUAUCCGAAGGGUUCAAGCUCCACCAGCAACUGUAGGCUCUUUGUCAACAAGCAAAUCAGCAUCAACGUUUAUGCUCACCAAUAACGAUGUCAUGAAACUGGAAGAAAUUUUCACGUCCACCAACGGGACACGAUCACCAAUUCAUGAUUACUUAUAUGCGGAAGCGAUUGGUGGUGUAAGUAAACCAGCAUCUCCUAUUUCACCGAGACCGUGGUACAAGCGACCAAUUUCCGGUGUUAAACAUCAGGAAAGUUCACUUCCUUUCAAAAAAGACAUAAUUUUGAAAACCAUUGACAAACGGAAAUCAAGAAACAAGGACAGCAAUGAUCUCCCGGAGGUUGGAUAUUGCAGGAAUUCAAUAAUAGACCCUACGCACAGCCAUGGUAGUGGUCCAAGAUUCAAUUUGUUUUCAAAAAUAAUUGAAAAAUCUGACGAUAUAAAACGACGGGAAAAGGAUAGCGAAAAGCGUAAAUCAGGCUUCGGUAUACCAAGUAUAAGUGAACUUGAUCGAGAAGCAGCGGAAAUAAUAAAUAAGGAAAAUGCUUCUAAAGCAGUAGAUUUCCCAAACGAGAACAAUAUUUAUUUUUCAGCUCCAGAACAAUUAGUCAAAAGGAGUCAAUCAUUUGCAAAACGAUCCGAGUGCGACACGAUUGAUCCGACCGAUCAACCAAAGUCAGCAAAGGCAUUAAUAUCAAAAUUCGAAGCAAACUCAGCUAACAUUAGCAAAGUCAUAUUAAAUACUUCGUUUAUUCCCAGUAAGGAUUAUUUUGGAGCAGAUAAACAAAAGAUUUCAUCGACAGUAACUCAAGAACAAAUAACUUCUAACGUCUCUGAACAACGUGAUACCGACAAAACAACCGAUGACAAGUAUAUUCUUGGUUUGUGGUCAUGUCCGUACUGCACCCUAGAAAAUCCCAAUUGGAGGAUAAUUUGUGAAGCAUGUGAACGUAUUAAGCCUUAUGAUAAACUUAGCAUAUUGGAGGAACCGCCUUUAAGACCAAAUUAUCCGCUUAAAAAACCUAUAUCUGACAUUAAAACAACUUAUCGACAACCUUCGACUGACGAAUGGGACAAAAAGACUGAACGCGUGCUCAAGUACUUCAUGCCUAAAACUAACCCAUCAGGGUGCACUAGUACGACAGGUAUGUUAGACUCAUCAAAAAAAUCAUUCGGACAAGCCAAAAUGCUUGCUUCGCCAAAAAUGGGGGUAAAGAGCCUAAUUAGUCGGGUUUCUUUUGAAAAACAGAACGGUAUUAAAAACGAUAAUGGAAGUACAGACAUCGAAAACUCUAAAAACAAGUUUGAUGAUGAAAAACUAAAAGAAAAUAGAACUGAGACAGCAUCCGUCAGCUCAGUAGAUCAAUCACGGUCGGUUUUCGUAGAUAUAGAUGAAGUACGUAGUGCAAGAAUAGCUAGAUUUAGCACACAUCUCGAGGAGGAAGUCAGCAAUGAAAGAUCGACAACAAAUUUCAAUGUUAAACAAGUGCAAAAUAUGGACGAAGAAGCACUGGAAAUGGAAAAACUGAAAUUGCGGGAAAUGAUACGUACGAUGAAUGCUAAAGCAUUAGCCGACAAAUAUCCUGUCCUUCAAAAACCACCCGUUAGUAAUCACCAACCAAAACGAGAUUCGCCGUUGGUACAACGAAAAAAUGGGUUUAUAUCUUCUAUUCCUGUUUGUACUAAGAGUCCCAAAUCUUUGCGAAAAUCUAGUCCAACAGCAAUUCAAAGAAAUUUACCAACAACCGAACAUUCACCGGUUGUAGCUGAACCUUAUAAGUUAGGAGCAGUUAAGAAAACUUUUCUCAAGAAACCGGACGAACUUAAGCCAAAAUUAAAAUCAAACGAAUCAAAAAUUAUUAAUCAAGAAAUAAAUAAUUUGCUGCAACCUUUAAAAGUCGCAGAAACAAUUGCUUCACUUAAUGAUUCCACUAUGGUGCUGAAUAACGAUGCAAAAUGUCCGCUAGUUGAAGCAGCUGUAAAUUUAUCCGAUCAUCAAAAUGAAAAAGUCCGCCAAAUAUCAAAUCAACUUCGUUCUGCUCAAGGUGUGAAAAACUUUAGGAAUACUCUCAAAAAUAACAGUACGUCAUUGAACAGAACCAGUACCAUCGCAAUCAAUAAAUUAUUGAGAAACCUCGAGAUGGCCAUUGGAGAAGGAGCUCAUGAUCGAGCAGCCAAGCUAGCAAUGGAUCUUGCAAAAAUGAAGGUAUCUCUUACCGUUACGCGGCAGAGUUCGAAUGAUUCCGACACUGGUUCAUCAAGCAGUUUAACUGAUAUUAGCAUUACCAUAUUCAUAAAUGACAAAAACAGUCAAAAGGGUCCUUUAAAAGUCAGUGUCUCGACUACUAUGACCAUCGCGCAACUGAAAGACAAAAUUUGCCGGGACUUUGGAAUACCUGUUAACGUUCAACGAUGGAUGCAUGCCGAUCAGCCAUUAUCCAAUGAACAGAAAACGCUUUCCGAUUAUGGCAUGUGUGAGAAUGACCGUGUUUUAUUUCUUUAUAUAGUAAGCGAGAUUGCAAAACAUACGAAGUCAUCUUCCGAAGACAUUCUUGGAAUCCAGGUAAAAGAUGAAGACAAAAGUGGAUCAAAACUAACUGUACAACCUCAGUUUAGUCAAGCAGAAUCAAAAAUUUUAACUGUAUCCGAUUCCGAUGGGGAAUGUUCGGAUACACAAAAUGAGUAUCAAAUUGAUGAUGGGUCUAGUUUUGGAGCAAUGGCCCUGCCGACUAUCGUUGAAGAUAGAACAUCUCAACAGGAUAUUAAAAAUGGCUGGACUUGUCCACUAUGUACUCUUAUAAAUCCACCGAAUCGUCCCGGGUGUGGAGCGUGUUCCGAGGCUAGACCAACUACGUAUAUGCUUACUUCUCGCAAUUGUAUGUCAAGUAGCACAGUUGCGUUACCGAAACCAAUAAGUGUGCAAAUGAGAAACGUUUCCAAAGAGCAACGAAACGAUCUAAACCGUGUGUCAAGUAAUCGUAAAUCUUCUGAGGUUUUCAAUAUUUUCUUAGACGAAAAAAAUUCAUCGGAAUCACAUAAAAAAACGAAUCAACAAUCGAGCACUACGGAAUUAUUGACGACCAGACAUAUUCAGAUACCAGAACAAAAGAACAUUGUAAUGACCGCCUUCACUAGUCCAAAUAUCACGCGGAACAAAUAUCGAGGAGUAGAUAAUUUCAAUCCUAAUUCGUAUAAUGUUGGUCCAACUAGUACCUCUAAAACAGAUGGUGCUGUAAUCACUACCGCCAGUCCUAUUGUCAGAGCAGUGUUACUCAAAAACGGUGCUAAUAAACCGGUCAAAUUUGGAAGAAAUGGUUUAGUGAUACCUGAUGAUGAUCGUGAUGUCACUAACCACUACAUGGAAUUAGUUAACCUCGAUGCAGCAGAUCUUAUCGCCAACGUAGAUCCUUUCGAGUGCCCCAUAUGCUUCGAAUAUUUCAAAGAAUACGAAGGAAUCGUAUUACGUGAUUGUUUACAUUCAUUUUGUAAGGAAUGUUUGGUUAAUACUAUCAACUACAGUGAGGAACCGGAAAUUAGAUGCCCAUUUAUGAAUGAUACAUACAGCUGUGAAAGUGUUGUGCAGCAACGGGAAAUCAAAGCUUUGGUGUCCAAAGAAAUGUACGAAGUUCAUUUAGCGAAAUCUAUUCGUCAGGCUGAGAGUAAACUUAACAAUACAUUUCAUUGCAAGACACCGAACUGCCGCGGUUGGUGCAUUUAUGAAGAUAACGUCAAUCAAUUUAAAUGCCCUGUCUGCACAAUUGUAAAUUGUCUUACAUGCAGGGCGAUACACGACGGACUUGACUGUAAGCAGUAUCAAGAUCGAAUGAAGAGUGACUGUGAUACGAACAUCGAAGCGAAACGAACCAAAGACAUGUUGCAAGAAAUGGUAGAAAAAGGAGAUGCACUGAAGUGUCCUACGUGUCAGGUAGUAAUGAUGAAAAAGUGGGGAUGUGACUGGUUGAAAUGCAGCAUGUGUAAAACGGAAAUCUGUUGGGUAACACGUGGACCGCGCUGGGGUCCUGGCGGUAAAGGAGAUACUAGUGGAGGUUGUCGUUGUGGAGUUGAUGGAAAAAAGUGCCAUGUAGAUUGCAACUACUGCCAUUAGCAAGUUAGAAAUGACUUGCAUUGUAUUAAAAGUAAUAUAAACCAAAGAUAGUGUUUCCAUAAUCUUCUAUAUAAGGUGAAACACACGAUCGCUGCUCUAUAAUGUGUGUAUAAUGAGUAAGAAAAAUACACUGUAUGAAUUGAUCAGAAGGAAUUCUAUGAGU